CGUCGUACUUUACUUCAACAUAGUGGCAAGUUGGCAAGCAGUUCAACACGUUGACAAGUAUUUCAAAACGUUGGCUAGCAUUUCAACACACAACACGAUUCACACUGAUCAAAAUAAAUCAAACAAAACCACACCUGCUACGUGUCUGAUGCCUUCUCUGGUCUCUGGAUGUCAAGAAUUGUUUUGUUCAGUAGACGCUCUCUGGUAACACAACAACCAUUUGGAAGAAAGUGUACCAUUGAUAAGAAAGUGUACCGUUGAUAAGAAAGUAUACCAUUGAUAAUAAAGUGUACCAUCGGGAAGAAAGUGUACAGUUUUGAAGUGUGACACCCCCUCCCCAGUCAGAGGAACGCAGAGGUUUCUCCACUACCUCCAUCGGUGUCGGGUGUCGAUCUCUGUCAGUGGGACAUGCCAGAUGGAUCAUAAACUCUGACAGACAAAGUUAUCACGUCUUGGUGGCACAGAUAAUGCAUAGAAGAAGUAGUGUGGCAAUUUCUGGAGAAGACAGUCACCAAGAGAUCAUAGACCCAACAACGCCUGUGCAAAUGGUGGGAUUCUUCAAAACCGUAAGUAAGGCAACCAACUCAAUUGAAACAACUGAAUUUAAACAACCGUAAGGCAACCAACUCAAUUUAAACAACUGAAUUUUGUGAAAUUAUUGUCUUUUUGUUCUUUAAAUUAAGAUGGCGUUUUAAAGAAUCAAGUACCUAGGGUGUGUUCUUAAAGUACAUAGGGUGUGUUCAUCAAGUACCUAGGGUGUGUUCUUCAAGUACAAAGGGUGUGUUCUUCAAGUACUUAGGGUGUGUUCUACAAGUACCUAGGGUGUGUUCUGCAAGUACUUAUGGUGUGUUCUUCAAGAACAUAGGGUGUGUUCAUCAAGUACAAAGGGUGUGUUCUUCAAGUACAAAGGGUGUGUUCUUCAAGUACUUAGGGUGUGUUCUACAAGUACCUAGGGUGUGUUCUGCAAGUACUUAGGGUGUGUUCUUCAAGUACAAAGGGUGUGUUCAUCAAGUACCUAGGGUGUGUUCUUCAAGUACUUAGGGUGUGUUCUACAAGUACCUAGGGUGUGUUCUGCAAGUACUUAGGGUGUGUUCUUCAAGUACAAAGGGUGUGUUCUUCAAGUACUUAGGGUGUGUUCUACAAGUACCUAGGGUGUGUUCUGCAAGUACUUAUGGUGUGUUCUUCAAGAACAUAGGGUGUGUUCAUCAAGUACAAAGGGUGUGUUCUUCAAGUACAAAGGGUGUGUUCUUCAAGUACUUAGGGUGUGUUCUACAAGUACCUAGGGUGUGUUCUGCAAGUACUUAGGGUGUGUUCUUCAAGUACAAAGGGUGUGUUCAUCAAGUACCUAGGGUGUGUUCUUCAAGUACUUAGGGUGUGUUCUACAAGUACCUAGGGUGUGUUCUGCAAGUACUUAGGGUGUGUUCUUCAAGUACAAAGGGUGUGUUCUUCAAGUACUUAGGGUGUGUUCUACAAGUACCUAGGGUGUGUUCUGCAAGUACUUAUGGUGUGUUCUUCAAGAACAUAGGGUGUGUUCAUCAAGUACCUAGGGUGUGUUCUUCAAGUACAAAGGGUGUGUUCUUCAAGUACUUAGGGUGUGUUCUACAAGUACCUAGGGUGUGUUCUGCAAGUACUUAGGGUGUGUUCUUCAAGUACCUAGGGUGUGUUCUUCAAGUACAAAGGAUGUGUUCUUCAAGUACUUAGGGUGUGUUCUACAAGUACCUAGGGUGUGUUCUGCAAGUACUUAUGGUGUGUUCUUCAAGAACAUAGGGUGUGUUCUUCAAUUACCUAGGGUGUGUUCUUCAAGUACAAAGGGUGUGUUCUUCAAGUACUUAGGGUGUGUUCUUCAAGUACUUAGGGUGUGUUCUUCAAUUACCUAGGGUGUGUUAUUCAAGUACAUAGGGUGUGUUAUUCAAGUACCCCAGGGUGUGUUCUUCAAGUACUUAGGGUGUGUUCUUCAAGUACUUAGGGUGUGUUCUUCAAGUACUUAGGGUGUGUUCUUCAAUUACCUAGGGUGUGUUAUUCAAGUACAUAGGGUGUGUUAUUCAAGUACCUAGGGUGUGUUCUUCAAGUACUUAGGGUGUGUUCUUCAAGAACAUAGGGUGUGUUCUUCAAAUACUUAGGGUGUGUUCUUCAAGUACACAGGGUGUGUUCUUCAAGUACCUAGGGUGUGUUCUUGAGUUUGAACUUUGUAACGUUAGCGUCGUUACAGAAGCACAACUCCUUCUGCCAGGAGACGCUAAAAGUGUUAUUAUGAUUUUUUGGACAUUCAAUUUAAGCCAGUGUGUGUUCAUUAGGGAAAUAGUUACCCAUCUAUUUGCCCAGGGGAACUCAUCAUUGAAUCAUAAUAUUCGAAUUUCGCAUAUCUAUAUUUCAUCAAAUGGCUUUUCCCACAAAGUAGUGAGUUUGAAUUUCUUCAGGGAUCUUGGAAUGAUCUCGUUAGCAGGCUCAACAGAGUCUAUUCUUAGCAGGCUCAACAGAGCCUCUUCUUAGCUGGGUCAACAGAGUCUAUCGUUAGUAGGCUCAUCAGAGUCUAUUGUUAGUAGACUCAUCAGAGUGUAUUGUUAGUAGGCUCAUCAGAGUCUAUUGUUAGUAGGCUCAUCAGAGUGUAUUGUUAGUAGGCUCAUCAGAGUCUAUUGUUAGUAGGCUCAUCAGAGUGUAUUGUUAGUAGGCUCAUCAGAGUCUAUUCUUGUUAUGGGCGUCUACCAUGAGUAAAAAAAACAACUAAACACCGAGCUCAAAAUCGUCAGCCACAUAGAGGUUAGUUCAGUUCAAUCCAAAGGUUAGUUCAGAUCAAUCCAAAGGUUAGUUCAGUUAAACCCAAAUGUUAGUUAAGUUUAACCCAAAGGUUAGUUCAGUUUAAUCCAAGGUUAGUUAAGUUUAACCAAAAGAUUAGUUAAGUUUAACAUCAAUGUUAGUUAAGUUUAACCCAUAGGUUAGUUUAGUUUAACCCAAAGUUUAGUUAAGUUUAACAUCAAGGCUAGUUAAGUUAAACCCAUAGAUUAGUUCAGUUUAACCCAAAAGUUAGUUUAGUUUAACCCAAGGUUAGUUAAGUUUAAUCCAAAGUUUAGUUAAUUUUAACAUCAAGGUUAGUUAAUUUAAACCCAUAGAUUAGUUCAGUUUAACCCAAACGUUAGUUCAGUUUAACCCAAGGUUAGUUAAGUUUAACCCAAAGUUUAGUUAAGUUUUACAUCAAGGUUAGUUAAGUUUAACCCCAAGGCUGAUGGUAAUUGAUCAAGGUUUUUAAGUUUUGUUUCUAAUGUCACAACAGCUAGACAAUUGAUAUUCAGACAGGCCAGUUGAUCAAACUUCUAGUUGAGUGGAAAAUUCAAUCUUAUGGGAUUUGUUAAUUUUUUUUUUUUUUUACCGCUGAUCCGAAAGUAAUUUAUUUAGUUUUACUUUUAACAAAGGGAUGUGUUGUCAAGGGACAUGUUGACAAGGGACAUGUUGACAAGGGACGUGUUGACAAGGGACAUGUUGUCGAGGGACAAAAAAAACUAACAUUGCGGUAAACAGAAUAAUUCGUUCUUCGAGUUCUCAUAGUUUUAGUUUUAUUUGAAGGAUUUCCCCAGGUUUGACAAUGAAAAUGCAAAUUUGAAUCUAAUUUGCUACUUUCAUAAACCAGUGUACUGUAGGCGUCCUAGAUUAUUCUCGCCCCUAAAUCUUUAUUGUCUCCAGAAAAUGUUUGAUCAAUUCAAAAUACAAGUAGGCAUUUUAGCGCACACCUGAAUGUAGUUGUGCCACAUUGUUCACUUCAUUGGAGAGCAAUUAAAAUGUUAGACAUUUUUAGGUGUCACUUAAGCUAAUGUGAGCCCAGAAGCCCCCAUAGCUUUAGGUGGUCUUGGAUAUUUUAGGGGUUUAAAGUUGUAAUCUGGACACAUUUUUAAACAAUCAAAUUUCAAUAUAAGUUGCUAGAAGACACAGCCGAAAAGUUGCAGGGGUCCUCGAAAAGUCAAGCGACGGCCCUGAUUGUCCAGCGACCUGAUUGUUUUAUAUACAUAUUUUUUAUGUAACUUAAGAGUAAUGGGACUUUAUUUUUUAUAUAAAACAAAUUCCAGAUUGAAUACUUUAUUAAUAAAUACAUUUUCCCACCAAAAAAUACUUUAUUAAUAAAUACAUUUUCCCACCAAAAUACUUUAUUAAUAAAUACAUUUUCCCACCAAAAAAUACUUUAUUAAUAAAUACAUUUUCCCACCAAAAAAUACUUUAUUAAUAAAUACAUUUUCCCACCAAAAAAUACUUUAUUAAUAAAUACAUUUUCCCACCAAAAAAUACUUUAUUAAUAAAUACAUUUUCCCACCAAAAAAUACUUUAUUAAUAAAUACAUUUUCCCACCAAAAAAAAAAAAAAUAAAAAAUUUCCUCCCCAAAAAGGUUUCCAUGAGAAAAAAAUGACACCUGACAAAAUUUGACAUGUUGACAGCUGACAAAAUUUGACAUGUUGACAGCUGACAAAAUUUGACAUGUUGACAGCUGACAAAAUUUGACAUGUUGACAGCUGACAAAAUUUGACAUGUUGACAGCUGACAAAAUUUGACAUGUUGACAGCUGACAAAAUUUGACAUGUUGACAGCUGACAAAAUUUGACAUGUUGACAGCUGACAAAAUUUGACAUGUUGACAGCUGACAAAAUUUGACAUGUUGAACGCAAAUGAGCAACACAUCUCGUUGAAUAAUGACAUUUUCUAAAUAUUUCCAAGUUUUACAAAAGGCGAAAAUAAAAAGAAAUAAGAUUUUACAGGAAGGUGGAUAUAUUUUUUAUGGGUUUUAAAACUGUUAAAUUAUAUUAAGAAGACAUGAGUAGUUUACAAAAGACAUGGUAUAUUUAUUAAUGCGUGAUUUUUAUCUGAGAGAAAUCGUUUAAAAAUAAAGUAUUGAUUUCCCAAAUGGAUUUGAUUAAAUUGUUGAUUUGGAAUAUGAAACUACACUUUCUUUCUUUGCUGUACUUUAACAGAUUUUGUUUGAUCAAAUCCAAAGAGUUUAUUUUUGAACUGAGGGUUUAGAAAUAUUUCUGUUUUCUAAAAAUAAUGAAAAAAUAGAAUUGGAAUGACAAUCGAAAUGCUAAUUCACAGAAAAUUUUUUAAAAUUGUUAAAAAGCUUUUAACUGGAUUCUCCCCUUUGAAAAAGUGCUUGUUAGAUCACCUAAGGAAAUUGCUUAUUAUAGAUAUAGUAACAUAAAAAAGCAGUAAGGAAUUUAAUAAAUAUAUUUUGAACAAUCUCGGAAACUUUGUUACAAAUUCGUAAUUUUUAUGAAACAAAAUAAUCAAUUUUUUAAGUUUUCAUUUUAUGUAAGACAACAUAUAAAAUUAUGUUGAUGUUAAUUACUAUAUUUUAAGGCCUGAUGCCAUCAUACAAUUUGUAAUUAACAAAUUUCUCUAAUUAUAAAGUCAUGCUUUUAUAAUGAACUAUAAUUUGAAAACAGAUUGCACAUGUUUGAUACAUAGAAAGAACUAAAUUAAAAUUAUAGACCUUUAUAUUGAUGUUUGAUUUAGUUUGAUACGGUGUUAUUCAAGUCUUUAAACCUAUGAAGUAGCACAAAAAAAUUAAAUAAAAAUACUGAUUUAUGCAAACAACAGAAAGUAAGUCUUCGGCUUAAAAUCAGGAGCGGCCAAUUAGUGGAACGGUACGGAGAUGUGCUUGAAUGCAACACCGUACUGAACGAUUGAAUGUACAGAGAGAUGCCUGAAUGAAACACCGUACUGAACGAUUGAGUGUACAGAGAGAUGCCUGAAUGCAACAUCGUACUGAACGAUUGAGUGUACAGAGAGAUGUCUGAAUGAAACAUCGUACUGAACGAUUGAGUGUACAGAGAGAUGCCUGAAUGCAACAUCGUACUGAACGAUUGAGUGUACAGAGAGAUGUCUGAAUGAAACACCGUACUGAACGAUUGAGUGUACAGAGAGAUGUCUGAAUGAAACAUCGUACUGAACGAUUGAGUGUACAGAGAGAUGCCUGAAUGAAACAUCGUACUGAACGAUUGAGUGUACAGAGAGAUGCCUGAAUGCAACAUCGUACUGAACGAUUGAGUGUACAGAGAGAUGUCUGAAUGAAACACCGUACUGAACGAUUGAGUGUACAGAGAGAUGUCUGAAUGAAACAUCGUACUGAACGAUUGAGUGUACAGAGAGAUGCCUGAAUGAAACAUCGUACUGAACGAUUGAGUGUACAGAGAGAUGCCUGAAUGCAACAUCGUACUGAACGAUUGAGUGUACAGAGAGAUGUCUGAAUGAAACACCGUACUGAACGAUUGAGUGUACAGAGAGAUGCCUGAAUGAAACAUCGUACUGAACGAUUGAGUGUACAGAGAGAUGCCUGAAUGAAACACCGUACUGAACGAUUGAGUGUACAGAGAGAUGCCUGAAUGCAACAUCGUACUGAACGAUUGAGUGUACAGAGAGAUGUCUGAAUGAAACAUCGUACUGAAUUGUACAGAGAGAUGCCUGAAUGAAACACCGUACUGAACGAUUGAGUGUACAGAGAGAUGCCUGAAUGCAACAUCGUACUGAACGAUUGAGUGUACAGAGAGAUGUCUGAAUGAAACAUCGUACUGAACGAUUGAGUGUACAGAGAGAUGCCUGAAUGCAACAUCGUACUGAACGAUUGAGUGUACAGAGAGAUGUCUGAAUGAAACACCGUACUGAACGAUUGAGUGUACAGAGAGAUGUCUGAAUGAAACAUCGUACUGAACGAUUGAGUGUACAGAGAGAUGCCUGAAUGAAACAUCGUACUGAACGAUUGAGUGUACAGAGAGAUGCCUGAAUGCAACAUCGUACUGAACGAUUGAGUGUACAGAGAGAUGUCUGAAUGAAACACCGUACUGAACGAUUGAGUGUACAGAGAGAUGUCUGAAUGAAACAUCGUACUGAACGAUUGAGUGUACAGAGAGAUGCCUGAAUGAAACAUCGUACUGAACGAUUGAGUGUACAGAGAGAUGCCUGAAUGCAACAUCGUACUGAACGAUUGAGUGUACAGAGAGAUGUCUGAAUGAAACACCGUACUGAACGAUUGAGUGUACAGAGAGAUGCCUGAAUGAAACAUCGUACUGAACGAUUGAGUGUACAGAGAGAUGCCUGAAUGAAACACCGUAAUGAACAACUGAGUGUACAGAGAGAUGCCUGAAUGAAACAUCGUACUGAACGAUUGAGUGUACAGAGAGAUGCCUGAAUGAAACAUCGUACUGAACGAUUGAGUGUACAGAGAGAUGCCUGAAUGAAACAUCGUACUGAACGAUUGAGUGUACAGAGAGAUGUCUGAAUGAAACACCGUACUGAACAACUGAGUGUACAGAGAGAUGCCUGAAUGAAACAUCGUACUGAAUGAUUGAGUGUACAGAGAGAUGCCUGAAUGAAACAUCGUACUGAAUGAUUGAGUGUACAGAGAGAUGUCUGAAUGAAACACCGUACUGAACAGCUGAGUGUACAGAGAGAUGCCUGAAUGAAACAUCGUACUGAACGAUUGAGUGUACAGAGAGAUGCCUGAAUGAAACACCGUACUGAAUGAUUGAGUGUACAGAGAGAAGCCUGAAUGAAACAUCGUACUGAAUGAUUGAGUGUACAGAGAGAUACCUGAAUGAAACACCGUACUGAACGAUUGAGUGUACAGAGAGAUGUCUGAAUGAAACACCGUACUGAAUGAUUGAGUGUACAGAGAGAUGUCUGAAUGAAACACCGUACUGAACAACUGAGUGUACAGAGAGAUGCCUGAAUGAAACAUCGUACUGAACGAUUGAGUGUACAGAGAGAUGUCUGAAUGAAACACCGUACUGAACAACUGAGUGUACAGAGAGAUGCCUGAAUGAAACAUCGUACUGAAUGAUUGAGUGUACAGAGAGAUGCCUGAAUGAAACAUCGUACUGAAUGAUUGAGUGUACAGAGAGAUGUCUGAAUGAAACACCGUACUGAACAACUGAGUGUACAGAGAGAUGCCUGAAUGAAACACCGUACUGAACAACUGAGUGUACAGAGAGAUGCCUGAAUGAAACAUCGUACUGAAUGAUUGAGUGUACAGAGAGAUGCCUGAAUGAAACAUCGUACUGAAUGAUUGAGUGUACAGAGAGAUGUCUGAAUGAAACACCGUACUGAACAACUGAGUGUACAGAGAGAUGCCUGAAUGAAACACCGUACUGAACAACUGAGUGUACAGAGAGAUGCCUGAAUGAAACAUCGUACUGAAUGAUUGAGUGUACAGAGAGAUGCCUGAAUGAAACAUCGUACUGAAUGAUUGAGUGUACAGAGAGAUGUCUGAAUGAAACACCGUACUGAACAGCUGAGUGUACAGAGAGAUGCCUGAAUGAAACAUCGUACUGAAUGAUUGAGUGUAUUAAAAACUAUCACUAACAAAUGAUGAACUAUUUGACAUUGUAUUCUAUGAAAGGCACGCAAAACUCUGUAUACAUUAAGAUCGCCUCUUUCCCAAAAAUAGAAUGAGAAUCAAUCUGUAUUAAUGUCAUGGCCAGUAAAAUGGUCUCAUUCCUAAACAAGUUUGAGAAUCCCUCUGUAUUAAAGACAUGACCAGUAAAAUGGUAUAAUUCCCAAACACAGGUUGAGAAUCCCUUUGUAUUAAUAAAAUUACUUUUGGUAACUUUCAUGACUGUCGUUAAAUCAAUUUGACAAGGGUUCUUAAAUAAAAAAAAAUUACACCUUACAACAUAACCUGUCCACAUCAUGACAACACACGCCUAGAAAUAGCAUAACAGAACAGUAGUCUAUCAACAUUGUUUCAGCAAUGCUCCACCAAGACCUUUUCCACCAAAUGUCCAUUUUCAGGAGUCCCAGCUGAACUUCGUGAAGAAUUACAAGCAGCCCGAUGAAGAGUCUGUCCAGACCCGUGACAGCGAGGACACCCAAUCGCCGUGCCUGCGUCCACCCAAGAGUUUCUUCCGUAUUUUCUACAAGUACGCGAGCAGGGCCUCCUUGAAUGGGGUCAUAUUCAUACUCCACUCCAAGAAGCCAGUCGUCAAGUUGGCAUGGGUAGCAUUGCUACUGGCAGCCAUUGGAGCUACAUUAUUCCAUCUCUAUUAGUGAGUUGGUUAUUCUAUUUUUAGUCAGGUGUGAUUGUCACUUUUGAGCUUUGUGUCUUAUUUUUUAAGACCUUGUACACGCUGUAAGAAUACAACUGCAGUUGUCUAAUUUUACGAUUGGGCUGUGGGUUUAAGCAUCUUACUGGUGUGCAAUCAGUAGUGGAAAUAGGUUAUUCGACUGUAACGGUUAGAAAAAAAUUGUGUAAAUAGGUGAUUCGACAAUAUCGGUCAGAAAUCAGUAGUGGAAAUAGGUGAUUCGACUACAGCGUCACCUUAAAACAUUUCCAAGCUUUAAAAAAAUCUGAAUUAUAAGCUGGCCCAUUAAAAACAACUUGUUUGGUUUGCUUACAAGGAUUGGUCAGCCAUUCGAUGAACCUUUUUGGUUUGCUUACAAGGAUUGGUCGGCCAUUCGAUCAACGUUUUUGGUUUGCUUACAAGGAUUGGUCAGCCAUUCGAUCAACGUUUUUGGUUUGCUUACAAGGAUUGGUCAGCCAUUCGAUCAACGUUUUUGGUUUGCUUACAAGGAUUGGUCAGCCAUUCGAUCAACCUUAUUGGUUUGCUUACAAGGAUUGGUCAGCCAUUCGAUCAACGUUUUUGGUUUGCUUACAAGGAUUGGUCAGCCAUUCGAUCAACGUUUUUGGUUUGCUUACAAGGAUUGGUCAGCCAUUCGAUCAACGUUUUUGGUUUGCUUACAAGGAUUGGUCAGCCACGCGAUCCACACGUUUCAUGAAGUCUCAUUCAGAAAUGUUGCUUUAAUUCAACUGGAGAGUUAGUGAAGUUGUGCUAUUGUUCAACUGGAGAGUUAAUGAAGUUGUGCUAUUGUUCAACUGGAGAGUUAGUGAAGUUGUGCUAUUGUUCAACUGGAGAGUUAGUGAAGUUGUGCUAUUGUUCAACUGGAGAGUUAGUGAAGUUGUGCUAUUGUUCAACUGGAGAGUUAGUGAAGUUGUGCUAUUGUUCAACUGGAGAGUUAGUGAAGUUGUGCUAUUGUUCAACUGGAGAGUUAGUGAAGUUGUGCUAUUGUUCAACUGGAGAGUUAGUGAAGUUGUGCUAUUGUUCAACUGGAGAGUUAGUGAAGUUGUGCUAUUGUUCAACUGGAGAGUUAGUGAAGUUGUGCUAUUGUUCAACUGGAGAGUUAGUGAAGUUGUGCUAUUGUUCAACUGGAGAGUUAGUGAAGUUGUGCUAUUGUUCAACUGGAGAGUUAGUGAAGUUGUGCUAUUGUUCAGAUGGAACAGAAACUUAGACAAGUACCCGAUUUUUUAUCAACGAAAAAUUGUUGAAUUAUUGACCUAAAUAUUCACAGUUGCAGAAAUAAUGCACACAAAGACAGAAGAUGCAACAUGGAACAAGGAACAUGCAACAUGGAACAUGCAACAUGGAACAUGCAACAUGGAACAUGCAACAUGGAACAUGCAACAUGGAACAUGUUUUCCUAAGAUUGUGAUCAUUUUGUUCUUUUAAUUUUUUAAUACCACCUCUUUCAAACUGUUUUUUUUUCAACAGCCUUUUCUCUAUCUUCUUCGAGUACCAAAAAUACUCAAAAGUCAGCUUGAAAUUCAACAGUCUUCAGUUUCCUGCUGUCACUUUCUGUAACAUGAACAUGAUGAGGAUGUCACAGGUAGGUUUAUAUUGACGUGAUAAGGAUGUCAAACGUAGGUUUAUAUUGGCAUGAUAAGGAUGUCAAUGGUAUGUUUAUAUUGACAUGAUAAGGAUGUCAAUGGUAGGUUUAUAUUGACAUGAUAAGGAUGUCAAUGGUAGGUUUAUAUUGACAUGAUGAGGAUGUCAAUUGUAGGUUUAUAUUGACAUGAUAAGGAUGUCACAGGUAGGUUUAUAUUGACAUGAUGAGGAUGUCAAAGGUAGGUUUAUAUUGCCAUGAUGGGGAUGUCAAUGGUAGGUUUAUAUUGACAUGAUGAGGAUGUCAAUUGUAGGUUUAUAUUGACAUGAUAAGGAUGUCACAGGUAGGUUUAUAUUGACAUGAUGAGGAUGUCAAAGGUAGGUUUAUAUUGACAUGAUGAAGAUGUCAAUGGUAGGUUUAUAUUGACAUGAUGAGGAUGUCAAUUGUAGGUUGAUAUUGACAUGAUAAGGAUGUCAAAGGUAGGUUUAUAUUGAAGUGAUAAGGAUGUCAAACGUAGGUUUAUAUUGGCAUGAUAAGGAUGUCAAUGGUAUGUUUAUAUUGACAUGAUAAGGAUGUCAAUGGUAGGUUUAUAUUGACAUGAUAAGGAUGUCAAUGGUAGGUUUAUAUUGACAUGAUGAGGAUGUCAAUUGUAGGUUUAUAUUGACAUGAUAAGGAUGUCACAGGUAGGUUUAUAUUGACAUGAUGAGGAUGUCAAAGGUAGGUUUAUAUUGACAUGAUGAAGAUGUCAAUGGUAGGUUUAUAUUGACAUGAUGAGGAUGUCAAUUGUAGGUUGAUAUUGACAUGAUAAGGAUGUCAAAGGUAGGUUUAUAUUGACAUGAUGAGGAUGUCAAAGGUAGGUUUAUAUUGACAUGAUGAGGAUGUCAAAGGUAGAUUUAUAUUGACAUGAUGAGGAUGUCAAUGGUAGGUUUAUAUUGACUUGAUGAGGAUUUCAAAGGUAAGUUUAUAUGGACAUGAUAAGGAUGUCACAGGUAGGUUUAUAUUGACAUGAUGAGGAUGUCAAAGGUAGGUUUAUAUUGACAUGAUGAAGAUGUCAAUGGUAGGUUUAUAUUGACAUGAUGAGGAUGUCAAUUGUAGGUUGAUAUUGACAUGAUAAGGAUGUCAAAGGUAGGUUUAUAUUGACAUGAUGAGGAUGUCAAAGGUAGGUUUAUAUUGACAUGAUGAGGAUGUCAAAGGUAGAUUUAUAUUGACAUGAUGAGGAUUUCAAAGGUAGGUUUAUAUUGACAUGAUGAGGAUGUCAAAGGUAGGUUUAUAUUGACAUGAUAAGGAUGUCAAAGGUAGGUUUAUAUUGACACGAUGAGGAUGUCAAAGGUAGGUUUAUAUUGACAUGAUAAGGAUGUCAAAGGUAGGUUUAUAUUAUUAUGAUGAUGAAGUGACACUGGAAAUCUGUGAAAUUUCCUCAUCAACACCAGGAACAGAAACAUUGCAAAUCCCAUCUACAUGCAUAGGAGCCAAAAUGAUCAAUAAAUUGAUCGUGGGCCCUUAAGAUAUAGAAGAAGAAGAAGAAGUCAAAGGUAGGUUUAUAUUAACAUGAUGAGCUUGUCCAAGGUGGGUUUAUAUGGAUAAGGUAAGGAUGCCACAGACAGUGUUCUUUCAGAAAGUUUCCUUGGGUGGGGUGGGGGGGAUUUCAGACCUUCCACCGAAGUGUCAUUUUGUCUUACUAUGGAGAAGCGCCAUUUUCAGACAACGACAGUUUGUAUCGUGAAAGGGAGUGCGACAAACAUAUUUGGCUGCUAUAGCGCAAUAAUACUAACUGCGCCCCUAGGCAGUGUAUCUAUCGUCAUCGGAAUUAGCAAUCAUUUUUAUCCGAAAGUAGGCCAGAAAUCGAGUGUGGCGAUGACUUCCCCCUCCCUUCCCAGGAGAGCUUGACCAAAAGACACAAUGGUCACAGGUAGGUUUAUUGUAAUGUCAGGUUGAUGUCAAGUGUCAUUUGACAUUUCUCCCAGCUGAAUAUUACCCGGCGUAGACAGCCAUUGUUUAGUUAGAUGUAACUUGUUGACAACCAUUGUUUAGUUAGAUGUAACUUGUUGACAACCAUUGUUUAGUUAGAUGUAACUUGUUGACAACCAUUGUUUAGUUAGAUGUAAUUUGUUGACAGCCAUUAUUUAGUUAGAUGUAACGUGUUGACAACUUGGUGAGAUGUCUUUUCACGGGUUGUUGAGAUACUAUUUCAGGAGGUGCAAGGAAAUGGAUAAAAGAACAGAGUAGGCAUUUGUUUUUAAGAAAUUUAUUAAAUGUUGAUCUAUUUUCAAACAUUUCUUCAUUAACAUCUUUCCUCCUUCUCGAAAAACUGAAAUCAGCUUAAAACGGGCCACGGAAGAAAAAAAUGGUUGAGAACCGUUGUUCUAGUUGACGAUAAUGUCAACGGGAAUUUAUAUCUACUAAUGGGGUUGUAACAUUUGUAACAAAGUUAGACCCUUUGUGUAGCAAGUUAGACAUAUGUAAAGAAGCUAGAACAAAUUAUUGGGUUGCAAGUAUUACAUACAUUAUGAAAUUAGACCAAAUUAUCAUGUAACAUGUGUUACAUACGUAAUGAAGUUACACCAAUUUGGUUAUAUAUAUAAAUAAUAAAGUUUAUUUAAAAAUCACGCUUCAUCCCCAAAGGCUCGAAGCGCGGUACAUAGUCUAGUAUAUUAAAAGGGAAAUGAAACAAUCUAUAACAUACCACAUUGAUAUACAAAAUGCAACAUUGCAAAAACUAAAUACGAGAAUACCCAUUCUAAGUCUUUCAUAUCUAAGAACCAUAAACAACACAGGCCACUACACAUCCACAAGAUAAUAGCUAGAUAGACAACAUCAUCCCAGCAGGUGUUUGCAAAAUAGAUAUGUCUUCAAAUCAGUUUUGAAAGACUCCAGUGACUGGCUGUUUCUGAGAGUGACAGGAAGGAUGUUCCAAAUAUAUAUAUAACAAUUGGGAUGGAAGCAGAAAUAAGAACUUUAUUUCUGAUGAUUUGGUGGUGGUCAUGUAACAACUCAUGUGUGUAAUUAAACAAGUGUGUCACCACUCAUGUGUGUAAUUAAACAAGUGUGUCACCACUCAUGUGUGUAAUUAAACAAGUGUGUCACCACUCAUGUGUGUAAUUAAACAAGUGUGUCACCACUCAUGUGUGUCAGUAUCAUACAACUUAAACUCUUUUCUUCCAACACGAUAGAUAAGUAAUGCAUCCAAAGAAAUACAGAUACUUUUCUCCAAUGACAUCAAGGGUCCAACUAAUGCCAGCUCACCUUACAGGUAAUGAUAAUGGAAUGGAUUACAUGAAUAGCAGUGCAAGUUUUUAAACACUAAUGUAUACUUUUAAAAAUGAGAUUAUAUCUUUUAAAGGAUAUGUAUACUUUUAAAAAAUACGUAUGCUUUUUAAACGAUAGGUAUAUUUUAACGAUAUGUAUGCUUUUUAAAUGAUAUAUAAUAUAUAUAUAUAUAUAUAUACUUUUCAAAAGAUAUAUAUAUAUAUAUAUAUAUACUUUUCAAAAGAUAUAUAUAUAUAUUUAUUAUGAUAAAUUUAAUUUUAAAAUGUUAUGUAAACUUUUUAAUAAGUUAAUAAUUUGGAGGUAAAUUAUAACUCGUUAAGAAAAUUAAAACUAUGAAAUUAUCAAAUAUAGACUACAGCUACUACUCACAAUAAGAUAAGAAUAUACAACUAAAACACGCAACAAUAUAAGAGUAUACUACAAAUACACACUACAAGAAAAGAUUAUCCAACUAAUACACACAACAAGAUAAGAGUAUACAACUAAUAGAUACACCAAAAUAAGAAUACACAACUAAUAUACACAACAAUAUAAGACUGCACACUAUUUAGAUUUCUAAAGUUAUAUCUUUCAGAUCUUAAAUAUUAUUUUUUUUUAAAAAUAUCUUAGUAAUACUUGUUAUGCUGCCCCACUAUCUCUGUAAUACUUCUUUGCUGACCUAAUAUCUCAGUAAUACUUCUUAUACUGACCCACUAUCUAAAUAAUAGUUCUUAUACUGACCCCACUAUCUCAGUAAUACUAAGACUUGUUAUGCUGCCCAACUAUCUCAGUAAUACUUCGUAUUCUGACCCACUUUCUCAGUAAUACUUCGUAUUCUGACCCACUUUCUCAGUAAUACUUCUUAUACUGACCCACUAUCUCAGUAAUACUUCUUAUACUGACCCACUAUCUCAGUAAUAAUUCUUAUGCUGACCCACUUUCUCAGUGAUAAUUCUUAUGCUGACCCACUUUCUCAGUGAUACUUCUUAUGCUGACCCACUUUCUCAGUGAUACUUCUUAUACUGACCCACUAUCUCAGUAAUAAUUCUUAUGCUGACCCACUUUAUCAGUGAUACUUCUUAUGCUGACCCACUUUCUCAGUGAUACUUCUUAUGCUGACCCACUUUCUCAGUGAUACUUCUUAUGCUGACCCACUUUCUCAGUAACACUUCUGAUGCUGACCCGCAAAGUGAACCUAACACAUAUGACGCAUCAUUGCUGGAAUGGGUACAACAGAAGGAGACCGCACUGUGUGAGGUAAUACCAAAAUCUUACUUAGUAAUGAGACUGUCUCACUCCGCGUAUAAUGAGACUGUCUAUCACUGUUUAAUAAUGAGACUUUCUAACUCUGUAUAAUAAUGAGACUGUCUCACUCCGCGUAUAAUGAGACUGUCUAUCACUGUUUAAUAAUGAGACUUUCUAACUCUGUAUAAUAAUGAGACUGUCUCUGUGUAAUAAAGAGACUGUCUAUCAAAGAGACGUUCUCACUCUGUGUUAUAAAGAAAGAGACUUUAGUGUUAUAAUGAGACUGUCUCUGUGUAAUAAAGAGACUGUCUAACAAAGAGAAGUUCUCACUCUGUGUUAUAAAGAAAGAGACUUUAGUGUUAUAAAGAGACUGUCUACUCCGUGUUCUUAAAGGGACUUUAGUGUUAUAAAGAGACUUUAGUGUUAUAAAAGAGAGUUUCUUACUCUGUGUUACACAGAGACUGUCUCAGUUCAUGGGUAAUAAGGGGAGAGACUGCAAUCAGGUUUAACAUAAGUCAAACAAAGUAGGGUUAAACUUGAAAAAAAGGAACGCAAAAAAAAAAAAAAACAAAAAAAAAAACCCAAUGAACUCUCAGUUCAUGGGUAAAAAGGGGAGAGACUGCAAACAGGUUUAACAUAAGUCAAAAAAAGUAGGGUUAAACUUGAAAAAAAGGAACGCAAAAAAAAAAAAAACAAAAAAAAAAACCCAAUGAACUUGUCGGCAGGAAGCCUUCGCCGCGAACAAAACAACAGAAAAAACAGCAUGAAAAUAGCACUUAGCUUAGAAGUAGUAUCCACGGGCAGCAAAUGAAUUUUUUCACAAAGUAAGUUAGUGAGAGAUAAAUAUGGAAGAGGGAAAGAAAAGAGGAGAAUUAAGUCUACUGCGAUGGUCGGGACGUAGAGAGGCGGAUCUAGGUUCAAGUUGUGAAAAGACACAUGACAUUCAUACCAUGUGAUGUCAAUGUGCCGUAAGUCAGGAUAAGUCUGUGUUCCAAAUUCACCCGGCUGAGUGUGUUCGUGCUAGCCACAAUCGCACUUAUUGAAAAGUCCGCCUUGCCCUGGUGGUCGCUACUAUUGAAGUGUUUGGAGACGGGACACUGUUUAUCUUGUGUAAUGUUUGGGAGGUGUUCGGUACACCUGUCCGAGAGACGGCGUCCAGUCUCCCCUAUGUACGUCAUCAGGAAGUGGGUGCACACAAUGGCUAAGAUAAUGUUGCGGCUUGUACAAAGGAAACCAUCGUGUAUCUGAAAACUGCCCUUAGGCAAACGUAUGUUUUGAGCCUGGACGACAAAAGGGCACGUGUUGCAACGGCUGCGUCCACACGGCUUGGUCCCAAAGUGGGAGGGGGGAGCAUUGAUACGACUGCACACAAGGAGGUCUCUCAGACUUUCAUCCCAUCUGAAAACAAUGAGAGGUGGGAAGAGAAAAUUUCUUGUGUGUCUGCCAGUAGUAUAGAGCGGUUUUAAUGGAAAACACGUUUAGCUAUAAGAUAGUCAGCUAUUCAGAUUUUCCUGAAACAGUGGCUUUAGUUGUUAUUGUGAUUGUUUUGUUCUACAUUUUUUUCAGCACUGUCACUAUACUUUCAGCACUGUCACUACACUUUCAGCAGUGUUACUAUACUUUCAGCACUGUCACUACACUUUCAGCAGUGUCACUAUACUUUCAGCACUGUCACUAUAAUUUUAGCUCUCUUUGUCACUAUACUUUCAGCACUGUCACUAUACUUCCAGCACUGUCACUAUACUUUCAGCUCUGUCACUAUACUUUCAGCAGUGUUACUAUACUUUCAGCACUGUCACUUUAAUUUUAGCUCUCUUUGUCACUAUACUUUCAGCACUGUCACUAUACUUCCAGCACUGUCACUAUACUUUCAGCUCUGUCACUAUACUUUCAGCAGUGUUACUAUACUUUCAGCACUGUCACUACACUUUCAGCAGUGUUACUAUACUUUCAGCACUGUCACUUUAAUUUUAGCUCUCUUUGUCACUAUACUUUCAGCACUGUCACUAUACUUCCAGCACUGUCACUAUACUUUCAGCUCUGUCACUAUACUUUCAGCUCUAUCACUAUACUUUCAGCACUGUGACUACUGCUGGGAACAAGGAGAGUUUGAAAACUCGUCACUCUACGAGGUGGAUGAUUAUUUCAUGUACAUCUACAACAAACAGUCAUUGUGAGUACACAUGAUUGUACAUAUACCACAAACAGUCAGUGUGAGUACAUUUGUUAAUACAAAUACCACAAAUAGGCAGUGUGAGUACAUAUGUUAGUACAAAUACACCAAACUGUCAAUAUGAGUACAUAUGUUUGUACAUAUACCACAACAAACAAUUUGAGUAAACUUGUAAAUACACAACAAACAGUGUAAGUGAACAUGUUUUUAAACCAGAGGCGUGUCCAGUCAUAGCUAACAUUCAAAUUUAACCUUACGGGCGUAUAUAUAAGAGUACGUAAAGUAAACAGUUAAACAAUUUCAUUUGAAAAUGUUCAUUAAAUGUAAUAGACUAUUUAUUGUUUAUAUUAAUGGGCACGAAACAAAAGAACGCCAAUUUCUGUAAAUAUACACAUUUCAGUAACGAACACAUUAUUUUAAUGUCAAAAUAGGUAAUGUUAACUUUAGUGAUGUAAACUUUAUUAAUGUUAACUUUAGUUGUGUAAAUUUAUUAAUGUAAACUUCAGUAAUGCUAACUUUAGUGAUGCUACCGUUAGUAAUGAUAACUUCAGUAAUGCUAACUUUAGUAAUGCUAACGUUAGGAUUGAUAACUUUAAUAAGUAAACCUUAAUGAUGUAAACUAUAGUAAUUUAAACUUUAUUAAUGUCCGCAAAAGUAACGUUAACUUUUAAGCUCAUAUCGUUGUAAUGUAAACUUUAGUAAUGCUUACUUUAGUGAUGUAAACUUUAGUAAUAUUUAUUUUUAGUAAUCCUAAUUUUAGUAAUGGAAACUUUAUUAAUGACAACUUUACUAAUGCCAACUUUAGUACUGUAAACUUUAUUAUUGCUAACUUAAGUAGUGUUAAUUUUAUGAAUGUAAACUUAAGUAAUGCUAACUUUAGUAAUGCUAACUUUAGUAAAGUAAAAUUUAGUAAUGUUAAUUUUUAGUAAUGCUAACUUUAGUAAUGGAAACUUUGAUAAUGACAACUUUAGUAAUGGCAACUUGAGUAAUGCUAACUUUAGUAUGGUUAACUUCAUUAAUGUUAACGUUAGUAAUUUUAACUUUAGUAAUGUAAACUUUUGUAAUGUAAGCGUUAAUAAAGUUGGUGUAGUAAUGCUAAAUUAGUAAUGCUAACUUAAGAAAUGUAAACUUUAGGAAUGUAAACUUUAGGAAUGUUAACUUCAUUUAAGUUAACUUUCAGGAUGCUACUUUAAUAAUUUAUAUUUAGUAAUGCAAACUCAUGGUAAAUGUAUUUUUACAGAGAUCAGCGUAAGCUUCUUGGUCACCAACUUGAUGGCAUGCUCAGAAUGUGUUCAUUUGCUGAACGGCCGUGUAGCUCUAAGUAGGUCACUACUGCGUGCAUUUUCUUUUAAAUUCUUACACUUGCAUACCAAGUGUGUAAUCCUUAUGUAGAUAAUGCAUUAGACAAGGUUUCCUUAUAGUUUUCAAUAGUUUCUGCUCGACUUCAAAUUUUUAAAAAUUAUUUCUCGCACGCCCUACAAAUUGUUUGACUAAGUUCCGCACACCCUACAAAUUGUUUGACUAGUCCCACACAUCCUAAUAUUGUUUGACUAAGUUCCGCACAUCGUAAAAUUGUUUGACUAGUUUGAUGCUACUGAUCACGUAAUUUAUUGUUACAUAGAUGAUGCUACUGAUCACAUGAUUUAUUGUUACAUAGCUGAUGCUACUGAUCACAUGAUUGAUUGUUACAUAGCUGAUGCUACUGAUCACAUGAUUUAUUGUUACAUAGCUGAUGCUACUGAUCACAUGAUUUAUUGUUACAUAGCUGAUGCUACUAAUCACGUGAUUGAUUGUUACAUAGUUGAUGCUACUGAUCACAUGAUUGAUUAUUACAUAGCUGAUGCUACUGAUCACAUGAUUGAUUAUUACAUAGCUGAUGCUACUGAUUACAUGAUUGAUUAUUACAUAGCUGAUGCUACUAAUCACGUGAUUGAUUGUUACAUAGCUGAUGCUACUAAUCACGUGAUUGAUUGUUACAUAGCUGAUGCUACUGAUCACAUGAUUGAUUAUUACAUAGCUGAUGCUACUGAUCACGUGAUUUAUUGUUACAUAGCUGAUGCGACUGAUCACAUGAUUUAUUGUUACAUAGAUGAUGCGACUGAUCACGUGAUUUAUUGUUACAUAGCUGAUGCUACUGAUCACGUGAUUUAUUUUUACAUAGAUGAUGCGACUGAUCACGUGAUUUAUUGUUACAUAGAUGAUGCGACUGAUCACGUGAUUUAUUGUUACAUAGCUGAUGCUACUGAUCACGUGAUUUAUUGUUACAUAGAUGAUGCGACUGAUCACGUGAUUUAUUGUUACAUAGCUGAUGCUACUGAUCACGUGAUUUAUUUUUACAUAGAUGAUGCGACUGAUCACGUGAUUUAUUGUUACAUAGAUGAUGCGACUUAUCACGUGAUUUAUUGUUACAUAGAUGAUGCUACUAAUCACGUGAUUUAUUGUUACAUAGAUGAUGCGACUGAUCACGUGAUUUAUUGUUACAUAGCUGAUGCUACUGAUCACAUGAUUGAUUGUUACAUAGCUGAUGCUACUGAUCACAUAAUUUAUUGUUACAUAGCUGAUGCGACUGAUCACAAGAUUGAUUGUUACAUAGCUGAUGCUACUGAUCACAUGAUUGAUUGUUACAUAGCUGAUGCUACUAAUCACGUGAUUUAUUGUUACAUAGCUGAUGCUACUGAUCACAUGAUUGAUUGUUACAGAUUAUUUCUACCCAACCUGUCGGCGAAGUAUGGAAACUGUUACACUCUGGAGGGGAAAGAUUUUAUCUCCCACAAAAGUGGACCUACAGGUGGUAAGUAUGACGUACCACAGAGUAGACUUAUCCUAUUCAUUGGAUGAAUUGGCAUAUAUAUCAAUAGUUCUCCAAACAUUUUCUGACAACCGCCCCCUCCCCCCAUUGUCCCAUAAAGUAAACCAAGUGCGCCCCCCCUGCGCCCCCCACUCUUUCCGCUUUUAAAGGGACAUUCUUGACCUCAACAAAUUUGAGAGAUGUUUUCUAUGCUUUGAAAGAGUUGCCAUCAUUAAUUUCAUUUACUAUCCAGAGAAAAGAAACUACUAGUUUCAAAUGUCUGUGUCAAGUUCACGUGCCAAGUUCACGUGUCAGGUUCACGUGGCAAGUUCACGUGGCAAGUUCACGUGUCAAGUACACGUGGCAAGUUCGCGUGUCAAGUUCACGUGUCAGGUUCACGUGUCAGGUUCGCGUGCCAAGUUCACGUGUCAAGGUCACGCGUCAAGUUCAUGCGUCAAGAUCACGUAUCAAGAUCACGUGUCAAGUUCACGUGUCAAGUUCACGUGCCAUUUUCACGUGUCAAGUUUACGUGCCAAGUUUACGUGUCAAGUUCAAGUGGCAAGUUCACAUUGCAAGUUCACAUGUCAAGCAAUGUUUUUAAAUUGUUUUAAAUGUCUGUGCCCAGAGCAUAUGCCUUGCAAUGUGUGUUAACAAAAUCUGUUGUCUGGUCAAACUCUAAAGAACAUUAUUAAUUUUUGUCUGUUCAAAGAGGUUCCUUUAGUAUCGAUAAAAGGAAGUUGAUUGGAGUUUGUCAUUCUUUUUGAAAUUUGAACGAAACUACUGUUCCGUCUAUUUCUUCAGUUCCGUCUGUUCCGCCAGUUCCGUCUUCCUGUAUCUAGAACGUACUUCUGUUUACCCUGACUGCUGUCAGUUGGAAACUGACAUAUAAAUUAUGGCUUCAUAGGUAGCGAGACAUACAAAUUAUAGCUUCAUUGGUAGCCAGACAUAAAAAUUGUAUGUUUAUUGGUAGCUGAUAUAAAAAUUAUAAAUCAUUUUUAAUAAGAAAAAUGUCGAUCUAUAAAAUAUUUAAAAAGUCAUCUCCCAGUGCCUCCUAUGAUAAUCCCUUGAGAACCACUGGAUUGAUGACACUUUUGUCCAAUGAACUCACUUUCCAGGUUCAUAAUAAAACAAUGACCACUCAAGUGCAUAAUGUAUAUUAGGAUUGACCUUCAAACUAGGAUUAACCUUGACCUUCUUCUAAAACCGUGGGACACUAUACAAAUGCAACAUUUCAAUUGUUUAGUUGCACCCUUCCUUUCAGGUUUUCUUAUUCAUUACUUUGCUCCUUCAUUACUUUGCUCCUUCAUUACUUUGCUCAUUCAUUACUUUGCUCCUUCAUUACUUUGCUCAUUCAUUACUUUGCUCAUUCAUUACUUUGCUAAUUCAUUACUUUGCUCAUUCAUUACUUUGCUCAUUCAUUACUUUGCUCAUUCAUUACUUUGCUCAUUCAUUACUUUGCUCAUUCAUUACUUUGCUCAUUCAUUACUUUGCUCAUUCAUUACUUUGCUCAUUCAUUACUUUGCUAAUUCAUUACUUUGCUCAUUCAUUACUUUGCUCAUUCAUUACUUUGCUCAUUCAUUACUUUGCCCAUUUAUUACUUUGCCCAUUCAUUACUUUGCACAUUCAUUACUUUGCUCAUUCAUUACUUUGCUCAUUCAUUACUUUGCUCAUUCUUUACUUUGCUCAUUCAUUACUUUGUUCAUUCAUUACUUUGCUCAUUUAUUACUUUGCUCAUUCAUUACUUUGCUCAUUCAUUUCUUUGCUCAUAACAUUUCAAUCCAAUUGAGUAAAAAAUGUUAUUAUAUUUUUAGUAGCAAGUCAUAGAACGGUACAAUGCUACUUUGAUGGGGUUGUAAAAUGACGGAAAAUUGUGAUAAUAAGAUCUUGGUACACUUUGAUGCCUAUGUGUAUGUCUAUGUCUAUGUCUAGGCCUCGAGUUAAUCCUGUCCGUUGAGAGGGAUGAGUACAUGCCAAUCAUCAGUUCCAGUGUCGGAGCACGUGUCAUCAUUCACGAGAGAAGAACGCCACCUUUCCAAGACCAGAACGACUUGGCCAUCAGUCCAGGCAUGCAUACAAUGAUCUCAUUAAAACAGGUAUGGACUGGUCAUUUCGCUUACCUGGGAUGGACUCGUUAGUCCAGGCAUGCACACAAUGAUCUCAUUAAAACAGGUAUGGACUGGUCAUUUCGUUUACCUGGGAUGGACUGGUUAGUCCAGGCAUGCACACAAUUAUCUCAUUAUUUAUUAAUAUUCACGAUUAUCUCAUUUUUAUAAAAAGAAUGUAAAUAUUGAUACUUUUCCCCAUCAUUUUUGAUAAUAUCCCAGCCGAGUUGAUGAAACAAGGAGGAGAAGCAAUGAUAAGUGCCCUAUUCAAUAUUUGUAACAAAAUCUGGCCAAACCAUGGGCCCAAUCGCUCAUCGUCACCCUCCCCCAAAAAGGUAACCUACAGCUAUGUCAAACUAUCACAAAAUUAGCCUAAUAAGCCAUCCAAGCAAGGUCAUGCUGAAGAUCAUAUUGAACCGACUAAAACCAUAUGCCAACAGAAUCAUUGCUGAAGAACAGGCGGGCUUCAGACAAGGACGUGACACUACUGAGCAGAUCCUAAACCUCCAAAUACUAUGUGAGAAAUAUGCUCAACACCAACAAAAUCUAUACCACGUCCUUGUUGACUUCAAGAAAGCAUUCGACAGGGUUUGGCAUGCUGCUUUAUGGGCCACCUUGAGGCACUACAACAUCAACACAAACCUAACCAGCAUGAUAUGCUACCUCUAUGAUUAGGCCACCAGUGCAGUCUUCCUCAACAACAACAUCGGAGAAUGGUUCAAGACCACGGUUGGAAUACGACAAGGCUGCCUGCUCUCCCCCACCCUGCUCAACAUCUUCCUAGAGAUAAUUAUGUCAGAUGCUCUUGAAGCGCAUGAAGGGACAGUCAGCAUUGGUGGCAGAACAAUCACCAACCUACGCUUUGCGGACGACAUAGACGUGCUGGCUGGGAACGAAGAAGAGCUAGCCGACCUGGUAAAGCGUCUCGAUAAGACCUCGUCGUCCUACGGCAUGCUAAUCAGUGCCGAAAAGUCAAAACUGAUGACAAAUAACACCACAGGCAUCACCAAUGAAAUUAAGGUCGGGGAGGAAAAAUUAGAGACUGUAGGCCACUUCAAAUACCUAGGAGCAAUAGUCUCAGAAGAAGGCCCCAGCCCCGAACUGAUGUCCAGGAUUGCUCAGACUACAACAGCAUUAAAGAAGCUCAAGAAAAUGUGGAAUGACAAAAAUAUAGCCCCCAGCACCAAAAUCAGGCUGAUGCGCUCAUUAGUCCUCUCCAUUUUUCUGUAUGCCUGCGAGUCCUGGACAUUAACAGCCGAUCUUAAAAGGAAAAUAAAGGCGAUGGAGAUGAGAUGCUUCAGAAGCACUUUUGGCAUCUUCUAUAGGGACCAUAUCUCCAAUGAUACAGUGAAAGAAAGGGUUCGUCAGGCAAUUGGGGAGUACGAUGACCUACUCGUGACUGUGAAAAAAUGCAAACUACAGUGGUACGGCUACGUAACCAGGAAACAAGGGCUUGCCAAAGAAAUAAUGGAGUGCACCACAAGAGGAGGGAGAAGAAGAGGAAGACAAAGAAAAAGAUGGGAGGAUAACAUCAAAGAGUGAACAGGACUAACACUGGUCGAUGCAGUACGUAGUGCAGAAGACAGAGACGAAUGGAGGAGGAUGGUUCACAUGUCAUCUGUGGCGCCCCAAUGGUCCAAGGACUAAGGGACAUGACAGUGAUGAUGAAAUAUUUAAUUUUCGGUUACGGCUUUGAUUUCGGCCGAAAGUCAUUUUUAAAUUUCGGCCUAUUUUCGGUUGCGGCCGAAAUCAGAAAAUCACUUUCGGUCGGUCUCUAGACUGGUCAUUUUGAUCACCUGCUAACCUGUGACCGAUCCUACGACAGCAUUUUUCAAGGGGUGUGGACCAUACAUUCGUGUUCCAUGCAUCACUUUCUCAGUCAGUUGUACGUCACAUUCGUGUUCCAUGCAUCACUUUCUCAGUCAGUUGUGCGUCACAUUCGUGUUCCAUGCAUCACUUUGUCAGUUAGAUGUACGUCACAUUCGUGUUCCAUGCAUCACUUUCUCAGUCAGUUGUACGUCACAUUCGUGUUCGAUGCAUCACUUUCUCAGUCAGUUGUACGUCACAUUCGUGUUCCAUGCAUCACUUUCUCAGUCAGUUGUACGUCACAUUCGUGUUCCAUGCAUCACUUUGUCAGUUAGAUGUACGUCACAUUCGUGUUCCAUGCAUCACUUUAUCAGUUAGAUGUACGUCACAUUCGUGUUCCAUGCAUCACUUUGUCAGUUAGAUGUACGUCACAUUCGUGUUCCAUGCAUCACUUUCUCAGUCAGUUGUACGUCACAUUCGUGUUCCAUGCAUCACUUUGUCAGUUAGAUGUACGUCACAUUCGUGUUCCAUGCAUCACUUUGUCAGUUAGAUGUACGUCAAGUUUGUGUUCCAUGCAUCACUUUUUCAGUUAGAUGUACGUCAAGUUUGUGUUCCAUGCCUUACUUUGUUAGUUAGAUAUACGUCACAUUUGUGUUCCAUGAGUCACUUUGUCAGUUAGAUGUACGUCACAUUUGUGUUCUAUGCAUCACUUUGUCAGUUAGAUGUACGUCACAUUUGUGUUCCAUGCAUCACUUUGUCAGUUAGAUGUGCGCCCCUGAAUUCGUCUUAGAAUAAAUGAAAUACAACUCACGUACUCCCUGGUACCGUUUCACGGACCCCUCCGAGGAACAAAAGGUUAAGAACCCCUGCUCUAUAUCAUUUCUUAUAUUAACUCAAAGCUCUGUGGCCAUGGGAGAAAGUACAAGACAUUGUGUUCUUUAAAAAUAUCAAGUCAAAUAAUUGUAGGCAUGACAAAUACUUUCAAAGCUGUAUUGAUUCUAAAUAUUAUGUCUACAACAAGUUUCACGAUUCCUUCAGACAUGUUCGUUUUUUUGUUUCUGCUAUAGAAGAUUUUCUUGAACGGUAUGACCUGAUUUAAAAAAAGGGGGGAAACUAUCUUUGAUCGUUUAAUGGGGGUGGUAGGGGUUGGGGGUGACCGUAGCCACUCAUUAAAAUGAAAAUGAAACCUAUGUAAUAUGUCAUUAAAAACUGGUAACUUAAACAUCUAUCUAUGAUAACAAUAAUAAUAACAAUAACAAUAAUAAUAAUGAAUAGGGUCUGUCCCAAACGGGACGGAACUUAUGAAAAUCAUGUGAAACGUCAGUAUCACAAUAAUCACUUCCCUUUGGAAAGAUAACUGGGGUUUUUCAUACAAAUUAUUUCCUCAAUACUUCCAGCGCCAUCUGAAGUAUUUUCUCAGUUAUGGUUUGAUCACAAAGUAUUUUAAACGAGAAAUGGUAUGAUGCAUCCUAAAGAUCAUGAUAAACGGUGUAUACAUGGAGCGCCAUCUGGAUUUAUUAUUAGAUUAUACCCAACUCCCAUAUUUUACAGUCGCACCGUGUUUCCUUUGCCCAAUCUAGUAAACACAACGUGGUUCAGUUGCCCUAACUAGUAUGCACAAAGUGGUUCAAUUGUCCUAGCUGGUAUGCACAAAGUGGUUCAGUUGCCCUAGCUGGUAUGCACAAAGUGGUUCAAUUGCCCUAGCUGGUAUGCACAAAGUGGUUCAAUUGUCCUAGCUGGUAUGCACAAAGUGGUUCAGUUGCCCUAGAUGGUAUGCACAAAGUGGUUCAAUUGUCCUAGCUGGUAUGCACAAAGUGGUUCAGUUGCCCUAGCUGGUAUGCACAAAGUGGUUCAAUUGUCCUAGCUGGUAUGCACAAAGUGGUUCAGUUGCCCUAGCUGGUAUGCACAAAGUGGUUCAAUUGUCCUAGCUGGUAUGCACAAAGUGGUUCAAUUGUCCUAGCUGGUAUGCACAAAGUGGUUCAGUUGCCCUAGCUGGUAUGCACAAAGUGGUUCAGUUGCCCUAGCUGGUAGGCACAGCUUGCUUCCUUUGCUCUUGCUAGUUCAAGUAUAAUUUGUGUGAUUACAUUUUUAAAUCUAUUUUCUUCCAGGUUCAGAUUCGACGUAUUGGGGUGCCCUAUUCCCCCUGCGAGCCAGAUACGACGUCAGCACAGACCAAUGAAUACCGCUACACCACAAGCGUUAGUAUUGUCUGAUUUUGUCUUAUGGAGUCUUAUAUUGUCUUAUGGAGUCUUAUAUUGUCUUAUGGAGUCUAAUAGUGUCCUACAUUGUUUUAUGUUGUCAUGCAUCAUCAAAACUUACUACCGGUAAUGUUAGUUUUGUCCAACAUCAUGAUGUCCAUGCUAUUUUAGGCAAUGAAUAUUGAUACAUUCUUUUCUACUAGAAAAAUACUUUGAUCCUCAAAUAUAUGGUGCAAUGUAUACUUUGAUCAUCAAAUAUAUGGACUUAAAUUUACAAUAGAGUAAUGACCUUCUACCUCUAUGUGAUAUAGACUGAUUUCGUUUUAACGACUAGAUUCAUUCUGCCCCCCCCCUCUCUCUCUCUCUCUCUCUCUCUCUCUCUCUCUCUCUCUCCCUCUCUCCAUCCCACGUUCAUACACAAUAAUAUGUAUACUUUGAUAAUCAAAUAUAUGGACUUAAAUUUACAAUAGAGUAAUGACCUUCUACCUCUCUGUGAUAUAGACUGAUUUCGUUUUAACGACUAGAUUCAUUCUGCCCCCCCCCUCUCUCUCUCUCUCUCUCUCUCUCUCUCUCUCUCUCUCUCUCACUCUCUCAAUCCCACGUUCAUACACAAUAAGACAUACAACUAGCUCGGCUGACAAUGUCAUGAUUACAUGUUUUCUAAAAUGAUUCGUCCAAAAAAGAAUUUCUUCACGAUAAAUGACGUUUCGAAAAACAAAUUGUUGCGUUAAUUUCGUGAUCUAUGAUUUAUAUAUUAAGUUAAAACGUUAAUUUUGUGAUCUAUAAUUUAUAUUAGAAAUUAAAACGUUAAUUUUGUGAUCUAUGUUUUAUAUAAUAAAUUUAAACCGUUAAUUUCAUGAUCUAUGAUUUAUAUAAUACAUUAAAACGUUUAUUUUAUGUUCUAGGUUUUAUAUAAUAAAUUUAUAACGUUAUUAGUGUUCUCUGUUCUAUAUAAUACAUUAAAAGCGUUAAUUUUGUGUAAUAUAAUAAAUUUUUGUUUUAACAUUUUUCUGGUGUAAAGGUGUGCCAGAAGCAAUGCGAGCAGGCGUAUAUCAUAGCAAUGUGCAACUGUUAUGACUCUGAUCUGACACUCGAUGGGAUUGAUAACACCACUGGUCAGUGCAUCAACAAACCAGGUAAACACAAUGGGAUUGAUAACAUCACUGCUCAGUGCAUCAACAAACCAGGUAAAUACAAUGGGAUUGAUAACACCACUGGUCAGUGCAUCAACAAACCAGGUAAACACAAAGGGAUUGAUAACACCACUGUUCAGUGCAUCAACAAACCAGGUAAACACAAAGGGAUUGAUAAGACCACUGGUCAGUGCAUCAACAAACCAGGUAAACACAAUGGGAUUGAUAACACCACUGGUCAGUGCAUCAACAAACCAGGUAAACACAAUGGGAUUGAUAACACCACUGGUCAGUGCAUCAACAAACCAGGUAAACACAAUGGGAUUGAUAACAUCACUGCUCAUUGCAUCAACAAAACCAGGUAAACACAAUGGGAUUGAUAACACCAAUGGUCAGUGCAUCAACAAACCAAGUAAACACAAUGGGAUUGAUAACACCAAUGGUCAGUGCAUCAACAAACCAGGUAAACACAAUGGGAUGAUAACACCACUGGUCAGUGCAUCAACAAACCAGGUAAACACAAUGGGAUGAUAACACCACUGGUCAGUGCAUCAACAAACCAGGUAAACACAAUGGGAUUGAUAACACCACUGGUCAGUGCAUUAACAAACCAGGUAAACACAAUGGGAUGAUAACACCACUGGUCAGUGCAUCAACAAACCAGGUAAACACAAUGGGAUUGAUAACACCACUGGUCAGUGCAUUAACAAACCAGGUAAACACAAUGGGAUGAUAACACCACUGGUCAGUGCAUCAACAAACCAGGUAAACACAAUGGGAUUGAUAACACCACUGGUCAGUGCAUUAAAAAACCAAGUAAACACAACAAACUAUCUACAGUUACAGGAUAUGUCAUUUCAAUGGUCGAAUCCUAAUACGUUUAAUGGUCAUUUAUAUGAUCAGUUUCAUAGUCAUUUAUAUGAUAAGUUUCAUAGUCAUUUAUAUGAUAAGUUUCAUGGUCAUUUAUAUGAUCAGUUUCAUAGUCAUUUAUAUGAUAAGUUUCAUGGUCAUUUAUAUGAUCAGUUUCAUAGUCAUUUAUAUGAUAAGUUUCAUAGUCAUUUAUAUGAUAAGUUUCAUGGUCAUUUAUAUGAUCAGUUUCAUAGUCAUUUAUAUGAUCAGUUUCAUGGUCAUUUAUAUGAUAAGUUUCAUAGUCAUUUAUAUGAUAAGUUUCAUGGUCAUUUAUAUGAUAAGUUUCAUGGUCAUUUAUAUGAUAAGUUUCAUGGUCAUUUAUAUGAUCAGUUUCAUAGUCAUUUAUAUGAUAAGUUUCAUAGUCAUUUAUAUGAUAAGUUUCAUGGUCAUUUAUAUGAUAAGUUUCAUGGUCAUUUAUAUGAUAAGUUUCAUGGUCAUUUAUAUGAUCAGUUUCAUAGUCAUUUAUAUGAUAAGUUUCAUAGUCAUUUAUAUGAUAAGUUUCAUGGUCAUUUAUAUGAUAAGUUUUAUGGUCAUUUAUAUGAUAAGUUUCAUGGUCAUUUAUAUGAUAAGUUUUAUGGUCAUUUAUAUGAUAAGUUUUAUGGUCAUUUAUAUGAUAAGUUUCAUGGUCAUUUAUAUGAUAAGUUUCAUGGUCAUUUAUAUGAUAAGUUUCAUGGUCAUUUAUAUGAUCAGUUUCAUAGUCAUUUAUAUGAUAAGUUUCAUAGUCAUUUAUAUGAUAAGUUUCAUGGUCAUUUAUAUGAUAAGUUUUAUGGUCAUUUAUAUGAUAAGUUUUAUGGUCAUUUAUAUGAUAAGUUUCAUGGUCAUUUAUAUGAUAAGUUUCAUGGUCAUUUAUAUGAUAAGUUUCAUAGUCAUUUAUAUGAUAAGUUUCAUGGUCAUUUAUAUGAUAAGUUUUAUGGUCAUUUAUAUGAUAAGUUUUAUGGUCAUUUAUAUGAUAAGUUUCAUGGUCAUUUAUAUGAUAAGUUUUAUGGUCAUUUAUAUGAUAAGUUUUAUGGUCAUUUAUAUGAUAAGUUUCAUGGUCAUUUAUAUGAUAAGUUUCAUGGUCAUUUAUAUGAUAAGUUUCAUAGUCAUUUAUAUGAUAAGUUUCAUGGUCAUUUAUAUGAUAAGUUUUAUGGUCAUUUAUAUGAUAAGUUUUAUGGUCAUUUAUAUGAUAAGUUUCAUGGUCAUUUAUAUGAUCAGUUUCAUAGUCAUUUAUAUGAUAAGUUUCAUGGUCAUUUAUAUGAUAAGUUUCAUGGUCAUUUAUAUGAUCAGUUUCAUAGUCAUUUAUAUGAUCAGUUUCAUGGUCAUUUAUAUGAUCAGUUUCAUGGUCAUUUAUAUGAUCAGUUUCAUAGUCAUUUAUAUGAUCAGUUUCAUGGUCAUUUAUAUGAUAAGUUUUAUGGUCAUUUAUAUGAUCAGUUUCAUGGUCAUUUAUAUGAUCAGUUUCAUGGUCAUUUAGAUGAUAAGUUUUAUGGUCAUUUAUAUGAUAAGUUUCAUGGUCAUUUAUAUGAUAAGUUUCAUGGUCAUUUAUAUGAUCAGUUUCAUAGUCAUUUAUAUGAUCAGUUUCAUGGUCAUUUAUAUGAUCAGUUUCAUGGUCAUUUAUAUGAUCAGUUUCAUAGUCAUUUAUAUGAUCAGUUUCAUGGUCAUUUAUAUGAUCAGUUUCAUGGUCAUUUAUAUGAUCAGUUUCAUGGUCAUUUAUAUGAUCAGUUUCAUAGUCAUUUAUAUGAUCAGUUUCAUGGUCAUUUAUAUGAUCAGUUUCAUGGUCAUUUAUAUGAUCAGUUUCAUGGUCAUUUAUAUGAUCAGUUUCAUAGUCAUUUAUAUGAUAAGUUUCAUGGUCAUUUAUAUGAUCAGUUUCAUGGUCAUUUAUAUGAUCAGUUUCAUAGUCAUUUAUAUGAUCAUUUUCAUGGUCAUUUAUAUGAUCAGUUUCAUGGUCAUUUAUAUGAUCAGUUUCAUGGUCAUUUAUAUGAUCAGUUUCAUGGUCAUUUAUAUGAUCAGUUUCAUAGUCAUUUAUAUGAUAAGUUUCAUGGUCAUUUAUAUGAUCAGUUUCAUAGUCAUUUAUAUGAUCAGUUUCAUGGUCAUUUAUAUGAUCAGUUUCAUGGUCAUUUAUAUGAUCAGUUUCAUGGUCAUUUAUAUGAUCAGUUUCAUAGUCAUUUAUAUGAUAAGUUUCAUAGUCAUUUAUAUGAUAAGUUUCAUGGUCAUUUAUAUGAUCAGUUUCAUAGUCAUUUAUAUGAUAAGUUUUAUGAUCAUUUAUAUGAUACAUUUCAUGGUCAUUUCUAUGAUCAGUUUUAUCAUCCUCUAUUAGGUAAGUUUUAUGGUAGUUUAUAAUCUAUUCUACUCUAGAUCACCAAUGUCUUUAAUAAAUCAAACAUCUUAUUUAUUCUAAAUCAGAUCUGCACAAACCAAAAUAUAAGAUGGGCUCUAAUACUUUAUGAACAACAUUUGCGGGCCGAAAGAAAAUAGGACAGGGGGAAAAUAUUAAGAAAAUAAUAAUAAUAAUGAAUUUUUCGUUCCUUCGCGGGCCGCAAAGUGGGCGCUGGCGGUUCAAAUGUUGUAUGGGCCUGCUCUAGAUGACCAAUGUCUGUAGCAAGUUAAAUGUCAAGACGAUGUCUUCUAUAUAUAUUACCUAGAUCGCCAGUGUAUGUACAAAUGACGUAUUCUAUCUAUCUUAUCUCGAUCGCCAGUGUAUGUUUAAAAGACGAUGUCUUCUAUCUAUCUUAUCUCGAUCGCCAGUGUAUGUUUAAAAGACGAUGUCUUCUAUCUAUCUUAUCUAGAUCGCCAGUGUAUGUACAAAUGACGUAUUCUAUCUAUCUUAUCUCGAUCGCCAGUGUAUGUUUAAAAGACGAUGUCUUCUAUCUAUCUUAUCUCGAUCGCCAGUGUAUGUUUAAAAGACGAUGUCUUCUAUCUAUCUUAUCUAGAUCGCCAGUGUAUGUACAAAAGACGAUGUGAGAUUGAAAAGGACGACAACGCUUGUCGCUGCAACAGUCCAUGCGGGUAAGCGAGAUAACUAUUGGUUAAACCUAGCCGACAUUAGAAUUAUUUUCUCAGAUACAUGUUUACAAGCUUCCUUCAAAUUACAAACAUUGCUACCUAUGCUACAAACAUUGCUAUUUAUGUUACAAACAUUGCUACUUAUGUUACAAACAUUGCUAUUUAUAUUACAAACAUUGUUACAUACGUUACAAACAUCGCUACUUAUGUUACAAACGCGUUGCUUUAAUUGGUGUGCUCUCAAACAUUUUUUCAAAUAAACCCCAAAAACAAUUCAUGGAACAUGCAGACCCUACUUUUUAAAAUUAUUAUUAUUAUCCAUUUAUUAUGUUUAUUACUACCAACAUAUGUGUCUGUGGACGUUUUCAAAUUAUAUGUCUAUGUAUUUCUAUUGCCAGUGAGACUAUUUAUGAGAAGACUAUUGCUACCAUACCAUGGCCAACUGACAGCUUCGUUGUGAGUAGACUUGCUCAAAUAAUGCGAUUUUAAUUCCGUUAAUGGGAGACGCCAAAGUUGAAGUUGAUCAAUAACACAAAUAAUUAGGAUUGUAUUUAGACAUCCCUAAUAAAGCUAAGAGUUUGUUCACAUCUCUAAAGACGUUAAGAGUUUGUUGACAUAUGUGAUAAAGUCACGAGUCUUCCGUCUUAACCAAAGGUAAACCAAUUAUUUUUCUCAAAUAAUCCACAGAACGCCAUCUACCCUGAGAUCUGUAAUGGCCGAACUCAGCCUUCUUUUUGCAAUCAAAUGAACGCUUCUACCGAUGUUCUCAAGUAAGUAUUAGUUUCUAUGUAUUAUUGGCCUCGUAUCUUGGAGAAGAACCUGUGACAGGAACCACUCAACCGUGAAUGUUGUUGGCGGUCAGGACCGUGCAAGACCAUCUUUGACAUCAUUUCCUGUCAUGUCAGGUGAACACAAAAACAAAACAACAACAAAGAAGCACAGAUGUCGAGUUUGAAGAUGUUUGACAAAGAGCCUCAAGCACUCUGCUCAUAAUGCAUUUAGGCACCCAGUCAUACUACUACAAGCAGUGACAACAGGCGCCCAGUCUCAUACUACUACAAGCAGUGACAACAGGCGCCCAGUCUCAUACUACUACAAGCAGUAGUCAAAGGCCAACAGUUUUGUACUACUACAAGCAGUAGUCAAAGGCCAACAGUUUUGUACUACUACAUGCAGUGACAAAAGACGUCCAGUGUUGUAUUACUACAAGCAGUGACAACAGGCGCCCAGUCUUGUACUACUACAUGCAGUGAUAACAGGCGCCCAGUCUUCCACUACUACAUGCAUUGACAACAGGCGCCCAGUCUUCUACUACUACAUGCAAUGACAACAGGCGCCCAGUGUUGUAUUACUACAAGCAGUGACAACAGGCGCCCAGUCUUGUACUACUACAUGCAGUGACAACAGGCGCCCAGUCUUGUACUACUUCAUGUAGGGAUAAUAUAAAAUUUUCAGUGUUGAAAUAGAUCAAUUAAUAAAGAUAAUGUCUUGAAUAACUGCUUUGAAGACAGUUUAGUAUGUAAAUAAAAUGUAAUGUUCUAUUUAAAAAAAAAAACAUAACAAAAGAACAUAACAAGAAUUCAAUUCUUUAUUAGAAACAAGAUGCGAUGAAUGCAUCACUUUGAACCCAGAUCUUCACAUUUGGAAGGAAAAAAAUGUGAAUUAAAAACUACUGAUAACAUGUCAACUUCAAUGUUAUGUUAGUAUUUCUAGACUAGACCUAGUGUUUCAAUAUUCAAUUUCUGCCAGUAUUUGAUAUCGUUUGUGUAUUGACAUCUUGUGUAUUGACAUCUUGUGUAUUGACAUCUUGUGUAUUGACAUUUUGUGUAUUGACAUCUUGUGUAUUGUCAUCUUGUGUAUUGACAUCUUGUGUAUUGACAUCUGCAGACAGGAACUCUUUAAACUGAGCAUCUAUUUUGAAGAUUUGAACUACGAAGAGUUGGUGGACCAGCCAAAUUACGAGGUAAAUAUUCAGUUUUAGCAACUUAAGAAAGAGGGCCGGGGUUGGGGUUAGGGUUAAUUAAUUGAUUUUACAAAAUAUUUUCUAUCAAACUAUCCGUACUAUCAACCUAUCUGUACUAUCAACCUAUCUGUACUAUCAACAUAUCUGUACUUUUAACCUAUCUGUACUAUCAACCUAUCUGUACUAUCAACCUAUCUGUACUAUCAACCUAUCUGUUCUAUCUUCCUAUCUGUGCUAUCAACCUAUCUGUAGUAUCUACAUAUCUGUACUAUCAACCUAUCUGUACUAUCAACCUAUCUGUACUAUCUUCCUAUCUGUACUAUCAACCUAUCUGUAGUAUCUACAUAUCUGUACUAUCAACCUAUCUGUACUAUCAAUCUAUCUGUACUAUCAACUUAUCUGUCAUAUCAACCUAUUUGUACUAUUUACCUUUCUGUACUAUUUUCCUAUCCAUAAUAUCUACCUAUCUGUAUUUGUAACCUAUUUGUACUAUCAACCUCUCUGUACUAUCUUCCUAUCUGUACUAAUAAACCUAUCCGUACUAUCAACCUAUCCAUACUAUCAACCUAUCCAUACUAUCAACCUAUCCAUAUUAUCAACCUAUCCAUACUAUCAACCUAUCCGUAAUAUCAGCCUAUCCAUACUAUCUCCUUAUUAUUUUAUUCCACAUUUCCAUCUAGUCUUUUACUUACCAGAAAAUUAAUCUCUUUUACCUCACCUUGACAGAAAUAAUCUUUUGUUAAGUUCACAGUAAUCAUCUUUUGUCAACUUGACAAAAAUCACCUUUUGUCACCUUCGCAGACAUCACCUUUUAUUACUUUCACAGAAAUCUUCUUUUGUCACCUUCACAAAAAUCAUCUUUUUCGUCAGAUCAGAACAUCCCCCCUCCCUCGAAAUCCCUAUGUCAGUGCUACGCCAAAACAUGAAACAUCUCCCCAGUAUUCAUUCUCCCUAACCUUACCGGCUGACACACCCAUUGACAACUGAGAUGUCACAUGAACCAAGUCGUCUCCCUAACCUUACCGGCUGACACACCCAUUGACAACUGAGUUGUCACAUGAACCAAGUCGUCUCCCUAACCUUACCGGCUGACACACCCAUUGACAACUGAGUUGUCACAUGAACCAAGUCGUCUCCCUAACCUUACCGGCUCCCACACCCAUUGGCAACUGAGUUGUCACAUAAACCAAAUCGUCUCUCUAACCUUACCGGCUGACACACCCAUUGACAACUGAAAUGUCACAUGAACCAAGUCGUCUCCCUAACCUUACCGGCUGACACACCCAUUGACAACUGAGUUGUCACAUGAACCAAGUCGUCUCCCUAACCUUACCGGCUCCCACACCCAUUGACAACUGAGUUAUCACAUGAACCAAGUCGUCUCCCUAACCUUACCGGCUCCCACACCCAUUGACAACUGAGUUAUCACAUGAACCAAGUCGUCUCCCUAACCUUACCGGCUCCCACACCCAUUGACAACUGAGUUGUCACAUGAACCAAGUCGUCUCCCUAACCUUACCGGCUGACACACCCAUUGACAACUGAGUUGUCACAUGAAUCAAGUCGUCUCCCUAACCUUACCGGCUCCCACACCCAUUGACAACUGAGUUGUCACAUGAAUCAAGUCGUCUCCCUAACCUUACCGGCUGACACACCCAUUGACAAUUGAGCUAUCAUAUGAAUCAAUUCUUUUCUGUAGUCUAAUCCAAUAUUGAUUUAUUUUACAGUUCACCAACUUGUUGUCAGACAUUGGGGGCUCGAUUGGUCUGUGGAUCGGUCUGUCUGUCCUGAGCCUCUUUGAGAUUGUGCACUUGCUGGUAGAGCUCAUUCGUUACCUAACUUGCCGGAGAUGGACGAAGACAGAGGCUAAAGGACCUGGGAGAAGUGAGCAAUCUGUUCAAGUUCCCGAAGCAAAUGAGGAGGACGUUAGUUUGGAGACUUAGUUUCAUCUCAGACCAAUCACAACUAUUGAAUUAAGUCAUUUAAUGAACUUGACUCAUGACAGAGAUCUCUGCAGUCAAUACAUCUUUGUUGAUUUUUCUUGGUAAUGAGUCAGCAAUUCGAGAUGUCAGCCAGUGACCUGCUUUUCAAAGAUUUGAUGUAAACUUCUUGUGUGAACACAUAACUCUACCAACACAGAACACUUAACUCUACUCUAACAAACAGUUGUGCUCACUUGGAAACACAUCGGAUAUCGCUUAAUCAUAUGACAGACUUGUGUUAUAAACAUUGUCAUUGUAAAUUGCAUUCUUGAAAAAUAAUUACUUCAUAUUUCGCAGAUUGAGUCAAGAAUGAUUCGACUAUUUUCACUGGUGAUAGAAUGACGUCAUACAUUGAACAGUUUCAAUACUCGUAUAAAUAAUACGCAUUUUCUCAAUAUAUUGUCUUCAAAACACAUUGUCUUAAACACACAUUGUCUUAAACACACAUUGUCUUCAAAACACAUUGUCUUAAAACACACAUAGUCUUAAACACACAGUGUCUUUAACACACAGUGUCUUAAACACACAUUGUCUUAAACACACAGUGUCUUAAAAACACAUAUUGUCUUAAACACACAUUGUCUUAAACACACAUUGUCUUAAACACACAUUGUCUUAAACACACAUUGUCUUCAAAACACAUUGUCUUAAAACACACAUAGUCUUAAACACACAAUGUCUUAAAAACACAUAUUGUCUUAAACACACAUUGUCUUAAACACACAUUGUCUUCAAAACACACAUUGUCUUCAAAACACAUUGUCUUAAAACACACAUUGUCUUAAAACACACAUUGUCUGAAAAUCACGCAUUGUCUUGAAAACACAUUGUCUUCAAAACACACAAUGUCUUCAAAACACACAUUGUCUUAAAAACACACAUGGUCUGAAAAACACACAUUGUCUUAAAACACACAUUGUCUUCAAAACACACAUUGUCUUAAACACACAUUGUCUUCAAAACACACAAUAUCUUCAAAACACACAAUAUCUUCAAAACACAGAUUGUCUG